AUGGUCGAUAAGGAUCUUAGAUCCAUGAAGAUUAACCCAAAUCCAAAAGAUAACCUUACGAAAAAGGAAAGGAAAGCCUUAAGAUCUCUUAUGCAUGACAAAGAGAUAAUCAUAAAGGCAGCGGACAAAGGAGGAGGAGUAGUUGUAAUGGAUAGGCAUAAUUAUGAUGAAGAAAAUAGGAGACUUCUUAGUGAUAUGGACACCUAUGUGAAAUUGAAGGAGAACCCAAGUCAAAAAUUUAUGGAUGAACUUAAGGAAUUGCUAAAUGAGG